UCCGCCUCCCCAGUCAUUUAGGACAAUAUCCUAAGUCGAAGCUAGAGAUGCGUGGUCCGUUUGGUGACUUUUCCUGGGUUCUCGCUUAAGCAGAGCCACAGGUUACGGGGCGACCAGGCCUCUGUGGAAGGGCAGGUGCCUCGGUGCGCGCGCGCGAGCAGCCGGCAGCCAAAGCCACCUGCUUACAGGGCCCCAGCACCUCUGCGGGGAGUCGGAGGACUCGCGUGCAAUCGCGCAGGUGCCCCCAGGCGAGGGGGAAAGCAUCGGAGGAGACGCAGAGCUGGAGCGAGGUCACCGUGUUCUCGCAGCGACCUGGGUUACCUCAGCCCGCGGGGCUGGAAGGCCCCCCGCCCGCGAGCGCUUGCGACCCUGCGGAGCCCGCCGCCCACGCCGCGCUGAGGACGCUGCCCAAGCCGGGCGCCCGCCCCCCGCCCACGACUUCAGCGGCUCGCAGCGCGCCGCCCCCAGACGCGCUUGGCUGCCGGCGAAGGCUGAGACCGCGCUCCCGCCGGCCAGUUCCCAACAGUAGCAACAGCAGCAACAGCGCUUCCUCCCCUCUUCGCGCCUUCGCUCCGGACUCGCGUCGUCCAAGCCCCACGGUGAUGAGCCCCGAGCCUGUCCCGCCGCCGCCGCCCCAGUGCUCCGGCUGCGACCGCGCGGAGCCGAUAGCCCAGCGCUUGACGGAGGGCGACGAGGCCUUCAGCGCGGGCGAGUACGAGAUGGCAGCCGAGCUCUUCCGCUCUUUGCUGGCCGGGCUGGCGCAACCGGACCGCGGCCUGUGCCUGAGGCUGGGGGACGCGCUGGUGCGCGCCGGCCGCCUCCCCGAGGCCCUGGGCGCGUUCCGCGGCGCUGCGCGGCUCGGGGCGCUGCGGCCGGAGGAACUGGAGGAGCUGGCGGGCGGCCUGGUGCGCGCCGUAGACCUGCGCGAGCGGCCGCUGUCCGCGGAGAACCCGGGCUGCGAGCCGGAGGCGCCUGCGGAGGGAGGGCCGGCCUCGGCGCCUCGCACGCCCCGCGACCUCCUCGGCUGCCCGCGCUGCCGGCGGCUGCUGUACCGGCCGGUGACGCUGCCCUGCGGGCUCACGGUCUGCAAGCGCUGUGUGGAGCCGGGGCCCGCGCGGCCGCAGGCGCGGCGCGUGAACGUGGUGCUGUGCGGCCUGCUGGAGAGGUGCUUCCCGGCUGAGUGCAGGGUGCGCAGGCUGGCGGGCCUGGCGCGGAGCCUGCAGCGUCAGCAGCAGCCCGAGGCCGCGCUGCUCAGGUGCGACCAGGCCCUGGAGCUGGUUCCUGAUGAUAAUUCAUUAUUGCUGCUGCGGGCAGAGUUAUAUUUGAUUAUGAAGAACUAUGAGCAAGCUCUCCAGGAUGCCAGCGCAGUUUGUCAGAAUGAACCUCUCUUGAUUAAGGGACAUCAUGUAAAAGCUCAAGCUCUUUCUGGAUUGGGAAGAAGUAAGGAAGUGUUAAAGGAAUUUCUCUACUGCCUUGCUCUAAAUCCUGAAUGUAAUGCUGUGAAGAAAGAAGCACAGAAGGUAAUGUGUGAAGUGCUGUUUUCAGCUACAGAAAAUGUGCAUGAAAAUUUAACAUCUUCCAUCCAAAGCAGAUUAAAGGCUCAAGGUCACAGCCCCGUGAAUGCCCAGUCUCAGCCGGAAGAAGGUGAUGCAGGGAGCUCUGAGAAUUCAUCUGAGAAAUCUGAUAUGCUUGGAAAUACCAAUUCCACAGUUCUGUAUUUCAUACUGGGUCUGCACUUUGAAGAAGAUAAAAAGGUGUUAGAAAGCAUCCUUCCAACAGCACCCAACACUGGCUUGAAGAGACAGUUUCCAGAUGACAUGGAAGGUGCACCUGACCUGAACGCACCUGGAAAAAUUCCCAAGAAAGAUUUCUCGCCUCAAAGGAGCCUGAACUCUGAUAUGGAAGAAAGUCAGUGGCUCUCGCUUGAUGUAACUGACUUUGAGUGUGCCCUCUGCAUGAGGUUGCUCUUUGAACCUGUCACUACACCCUGUGGACACACAUUUUGCCUAAAAUGCCUUGAGCGCUGCCUUGACCAUUCCCCACAAUGUCCAUUGUGCAAAGACAAACUUUCGGAAUUAUUGGCAAGCAGAAACUUUAAUAUAACUGUUCUGGCUGAAGAAUUAAUAAUUCGGUAUUUGUCAGAUGAAUUGUCUGAUAGGAAGAGAAUUUAUGAUGAAGAAAUGUCGGAACUGUCAAAUCUGACCAGAGACGUGCCCAUCUUCGUGUGUGCCAUGGCCUUCCCCACAGUCCCAUGUCCACUCCAUGUCUUUGAGCCCCGCUAUCGGCUUAUGAUAAGAAGAUGCAUGGAAACUGGCACCAGGCGAUUUGGCAUGUGUUUAUCUGCUGAGCACGCAGGGCUUUCAGAGUACGGGUGCAUGCUGGAGAUUAAGGAUGUGAGAACAUUUCCUGAUGGAAGUUCCGUCGUAGACGCAAUUGGCAUCAGUCGGUUCCGAGUGCUAAACCACCGCCACAGAGAUGGCUAUAACACAGCGGACAUUGAGUAUCUUGAAGAUGAAAGGGUGGAGGGUCCAGAGUAUGAAGAACUUGCCGCUCUCCACGAUUCUGUGCAUCAACAGGCGGUUUCCUGGUUUGCGUCUCUCCAGGAUCGCAUGAGAGAACAAAUUUUAAGUCAUUUUGGGGUGAUGCCAGAGAGAGAACCUGAGCCUCAGAGUAAUCCCAGUGGCCCUGCCUGGUCCUGGUGGAUCCUGGCCGUGCUGCCCCUGGAGCGCAAGGCUCAGCUGGCCAUCCUCGGCAUGACCUCGCUCAAAGAGCGGCUCCUUGCCAUCCGACGGAUAUUAGUCAUCAUCACGCGUAAGAUGAAUAGUCGGCAGGAGCUGGCAAAUGCCAGGCAGAGAAAUAAUUGAUUUUUUUCUCUGUGUUAAGGUUUCUGGAAGCCCUUGUACUUUUAUAAAUGUCAGGCAUGGACGAAUAGCUGUCCAUUCAUUGUGCUUUGUCAAGUGCUUGUGGAUAAGGUUCCAAAAUGGAACAUUUGCCAAAUAUUGAGUCCUCCUCAAAAAUGACAAUUCUGUGUCUGGUGGGAUCUGACCUUGUACAAGGUUAGCCUGAAGUCUGAAAGGAGCCCAUAGUUGGAAAACAACCUAAGAAAAUCUCUUGGAGGCAGAUGCUUGGGGAAUGCAAUUCAUUGACAGCACAGGACCCUGCAGAUGGUUUACAUGUGGUUUAGGUUUCACGAGAAAGAAGGAUUCCCUUCCAAGUCAGUAUCUUGCUCUGCCAGAUGGAAAAGGCAUGCUUAUGUGUCUAGACAAUAGGGGGAAGUACGUUUUUAUCUGGAAGUGGAUUUCUUAGAGCACAGGCUAACUAAAACGACGCUUAGGCUUUGUGUGUUGCUGUGAAGUUAUCUGUGAUGUGAAAUUGAAUCAUCACACCAUUGUUCAGUGUGGGAGCCCAAACUAGUCCUUACCCAAGAAGUAGUAGCCACCGGGUAGAACUGUGUUUAAUGUCCUGUUGUAGUCCCAGGUGUUGUAAAUUGCAUGUUGUAAUCAAAUGAAUGUCAAAAUAUAAGAAAGUGUACCUUGGAUAUAGGAAAACCUAAGAACAGUAUAGUUUACUUGAGGAGAUAUAUAUAUAUAUAUAUAUAUAUACUUAUACACGUGUAUAUAUAUAUACACACACACACACACACACAGAGUAAAGUGAGCAAAAGUGAGUUAAAAUUGUAUAUACAUUGGGGUGUCAAACAUAAAACCACCAAGUGCAAAGAAUGCCUUGAAAGUAGAACCUUGUCUCUCUGACCAAUGGUUAGUAAGCAUUUAGAAAACAGUCAUCUUUUCUACUGGGAUUUGCAUUAGCAAUUAGCUUCAUCAGUAAAUUUCAGUUUACUGUCCAUUUAUUAAUACACAAAAACAUUAACAGUCUGUCAUGCCAUGAUAAUCCGUCUAUUUCAGGAAAAUAGAUCAGAAUAUACGAAGGGAGAUGAACGGUAUGAGAUGUAAAUAUUCAGCAAGUUUUUCUCCAACACCAACCUAAGAUUAUAUUUUUGAAAGAAAGUUUUACAGCGAUCAGACCAUGUGUUAUCUGUUAAAGGACAGUAGUAUAACUUCCAUCCUGUAAUGCACAUUGGUGAUACUGAUUGGAAUAACUGAAUCUGAGAUACUCAUAUGUUCUCUCUGGCCUAACCAGCUGGUGCAUUGACUUGGCUUCCUCAUCUGCAAGGUGGACAUUAUUAACCAGAGGGUCACAACCGCUAAAGAGCAUAUCACAGCUGCAAGUUUUGCUUUGUUCAUUGAAGGUGUGUGUGAUGUUUCAGUUUUUAAAUAUAUAUCUCAUAAUAUACAGUGUUGAUGGUUAUCAGUCCAUCAAGCAUUUUAUUAAAAAGACUUUAUAAUAUUAUUAAUUUUUCUUGUAGUUUUCAGUAGAUAAAACUUAGUCUUGUCGUGAGAGUUAGAAAAUAACAGCGUCACUUAACUAUAAAGAGAAAAUGUGAAAGUCUUUUCCAAUCCAGUGUUUCAAGUGCCUCACUUAUUGUGAAUCUCAACUAUCAUCUUGAGAUGGUUUAAUGGCAGUUUGGCCAAGUGAUUUCUAAGAGAUUUUAUUAAUUUAUGCAUUAACAAUAGUAUUGAACUUUCUUAGGCAUCAUAACCUAACCCUGUCAUUUAAAAGGAAACAAAAUGCAGCUCACAUGCCAGAAGACCUUAACCAGAAGUGGUUCAUGAAAAUUGAUCUGCAUUGACCAUUCUCUGCCUUCCUCUUUUGGAAAGUCUUUUUGUACCUUCAUAUCACAGCCGAAUAGUUAUCAUUGCUGUUUCCAUUUGGAAGUGUCUAAAUAACCACAAUGUGAUCACAGCUUCUCAAGCCUUCCUAGAGUUAACUUGGUACACUUGCUAUAACAUUUGGAACCUGUUGCUUUCUCUUGCUUACUCUUUAAAUGUCAUGUCACACAGUUCUUGGAAUCAGAACUAUUCAGUUAUUUCUUCAUGAUUCUGCCUGCCUUUCUGGUCUUCUCAUUCUGCGUGUCAUUAUGUAAAAGCCUGAACAACAAUGAUGACGCAGAUGAGAGCAACACAUGCUUUUAUUUUUUGAUACCAGAGGGAAUUAACUAUGAUCACAUCAUGCUCUCUCUGUUCAGCAUUCCACCCCCACAUGCUGCAGCGUGGGAGUAGAUUGGUACUUACUGAGCACUUAGAAACAUUACGCAUCAGGAACAGAGUCAGGGUGACUGCGUCCUAUGGUCAUGUCGUGAAGGAAGCCUCCUUUUACAAACCGAAAAGCAAAACAACCCCCAGCUUCAGUUUGCUACCAAUCAAGCCAAAGCAGAACGUCUGCUUCCUCCUCUGCCUGCCCCCUUCUGCCCCUUUUCUGUCAGGGAGAUGCCAAUUCUAAGCAUUUCUCGGAAAAUAAUGUAAUUUCUCAUUCAAAAUCAGGACAUUCCAGCUUAAUUGAACUGAAAGUGCUCCAACAGUCAUGCUCUAGUUACAUUGGAAUAAAAGCAAAAAAGAGUAAUAGCCGAGUGGGGGAGUCAUUUUUCUUCUUGAGGAAUAAUACCUGCUGUUCAGUAUUUUUCCAUUCAUUGCGCAAACCUGCCUGUGUCUUUGAAAUUCAAGUAAGUUCCCAAAGGCAGCCUUCCAAAAGCCCCAUGGCCUUUUUAUCAUAUCCCAUCUCCUAUGUGUGUCCUCAUCUUCAGAAUUGAAAGUUAGGAUACUUUUUAAAUUUUCAAAAGAAUUCAAAAUGUUAAGGUUUACCUAAAAUGUUAAGGUUUAUCCAUAGAAACACAAUAAUUCUUAACCAAUUCAUAUACCAAAUUCAACAGUAUUAUCUCAUUUAUAGGGUCACAAAUGUGUCAUUUUUGCACUUAAACCUCUUCCCCCUCAAAAACAAAAAACACCAAGACUGUUUAACAAAUUAUACAACUCCUAACAUAUGUCAAGUCUUACCACGGGACUUCUGAAUAAUAAGGAACAAUUGCAGUUUAUGGAUGGUAGAAUUACAAUGAACUAUUGGCAUUAUCACUUCAUUAUAAACUUUCUGGAAAAUUGGCAGUUGCUACCAUCAAAAUAAUCCAUUGCCUAUAUUACAUAGAAUUUGUUAUAAUUUUUAAGUGCUUUAAAAAAAUACCCAUCUGUUUCCUAUCCUUGUCUUCUUUUGUGCCCCACUGCUUAAAUUACUUGGGUAAAUGCUACUCUUCAAAAUUUAAAUACUGUCUAUCAAAUAAGAAGACGUGUGAAAGAUAUGAAGAAGAAAGGUAAUUAGAAACAAAUUAGGAGAAAAUAAAUGUGGGUGAUUUCUUUUAGUUGACAGCACAAAGUUUUAUUUUUCCCCAGUAUCGCUAUCAAGUCGAGUAGGGAGGUCCCUAUCUCCCCACUUUUUAGCAUAGACAGCAGUGGCAGCCAGUGGAAGGAGUUCUUCCCCUUCAACACCUUCCUGAAGGCCACAUUCUAAUUCUGUUGUUCACCAAAACCUAAUUCCCAGGGAAGCUGGCUCUGGAUAGGAAGGAUCAGCUGUGUGAGCCAUCACCCACGCAGGGAGAUAACUGAACCCCUUUGCCAGCAUCACCCCCUCUCUUCUAGGGUGAGACACUUCAUUCGGUGCACUAGCUCUGACUCCCAGGGGAAAGUCUUUUUCCCUUUACAACUCCUCACCUCAGCCUCACCUUGACUUUCACUUCUCAACUGCUGAAUUUUAUAAAAUAGUCUUUUAGCAGUAGCUCAGCUUUUAGGAGAGCACAAAUAAUGAAGAAAUUGAAGUGCCCCCAUUGCACUUCCCCAAGUUGGGGAUGUUAGCUCUAAUUUGCACCCAGGUCUGAUAAAGGUGACUGGAUGAGGACACAGAGAGGUGGAUGCCAUGGAUAGUGUUUACUGUUUCUCACAAUUCCUGUAGACAUGAGAGAAUGAGAGGCAGCAGACCACACCAGGGCAUGCAGAGAAGCACGGGAGACAGGCAGAAGCAGGGAUGAGGGCGAGUGUGGCUCAGACCCUCUACUGUGUUGUUCUGCAGGACAGGCAGGGCAGGCAAACAGCUUAGACUGUCUGAUUUAAGUAACAGCUCAGACUCUAGGCUAUAUGGGUGGUCUGUAGCCAUCUGGCAUCUGGCCCUGGGUGAUCAGGGUUGGGGAUAUUGCCUCCUAGUUUAUAAGAGCCAGAUAGAGAAGGCAGUUUGGAGGAUGGGCUCUGGAUUGGUUACUUUGCUCCCAGGAUAGCACUUUGCUAUGUCUAAGAAUUGACUCACCCUGGGACAGGCAGUUUCUCCUGGGUCAGCGAGGCCCCUGAGAUGUCAAAAUAUCAAAAAAUAUAGAAAUCACGACUAACACAAUUGGUCCUCUGCUGUUUUGAGAUACUGAGGUCACUUUUGGAAGCAAAAGCUUUUAAAGAGUAGGGCAUUGCCUUAAAAAGCAUAGAAAACGUUUUAUUCUGAGAGUAGGAAGGAGGAACACACAUGGAAAUACAGGAGUCCCUUAGGCUGGCCCAUAGCUAAGGCUCUCAUGUAUAUGGCAUUAGUCAAGAACAUAGUUCUGCAAUUUGGGGGGGGGGCCUCUAACAAUUUCCUGGUGCACUUGUUAACGUGUUAAACAUACGAGUCUGGUGAUGAUAUUACGGUGUUUCUUGGCUUGGGGUGGCAGGUCUGGCAGUUGUGUGGUUGGGGGUGCACAGCGAUAGUUCAGUAAAGGAUAUGCAGAGACUCGUGGUGUUCAUGUAUCACCACAGGGAGGGAGUGGCUAUGGAGGCACAGGGCAGGAGGUCAUGUGGAAAGCCAGCUGGGGUGGUAGGAGAAGGCCCUGGGAGUGGGUGCUCCUCCCCUAGGGGUUGAGGAGUUGACUGAUAGGAGGCAGUUACCUCCUGGGAAAUCAAGACACUCCCUUAAGUUUUACAAUGGCACAGAUAGUAGUCACUUCUUCCAGAGUUUUCAUUUAGACAUGGGAGUUUAGGGAGCCAUGUUUUGGCAUAAAGCAGGGUAUGUAUCAGGAUCAUGGGCUAAGCAGAUGGGAGGCCAGCUGGACUCUUCAAUAUUAAAAGGAAGAACAACAAAAAUGUCAUAUGCCCACUUGGUGCCUCAGGAGAGGCAGCCUAUGGGCAUCACUAGGGCAGAGGUUUGAAUAUCUGGGACUAAGUCAUCUCCCAUGGUGAGGCCACGGCUGGGGUCAUGUCAUCUUCAGCCAUGAGCUGCUGGGCUGGGCAAUGUCUUCCGGGAUGUGAGACAUGAGGUCUCCUGUUAAGCGGAUCCCUACUCGUGCUAAUGUGGUUCCCAGCACUUGGUUGAAACGGUGGCUUACCUGGAGGGUCUGGGCCUCUGGAUCAUAAACCAGUGAAAGCCCCCAGAUCAGUGGUGACAGGAUCAAUAGACACCAGAAUGUGUACAGCUGCACCUGACAGGGCUUUGAUUCUUCCUUUUUGGUGGAAGUUUAGGUUCAAGUGGGCUCCGUAUCAGAUGAGCAGCUGCCUGGCCUGUGGGAUCCCUGGCGGUUAAUGGAUUCAGGAGAGAACAUAUUCUCUCUCUGGUCUCUAGCACUUAUCAGGUGGGGACAAGAUCCAAAAUUUAUAGGAAUAAGGAGAAACAUUAUGAAAGGCCCUAAUAUGUGAUGAGCUUUUGUAUACAAGAAAGUAAGACAUAGUCCUCUUUUUGUUUAAAGGGGACUAUAGUAAUGUUUUUUAAAGUUUGUGUGAGGUGUGAGUCAGCCAAGAGGCCAUAAAUUAAGAGAGAUUAAGGUUUGUGGUGCAAGAUAGAGGCCCAUUUCAGGGUCUCUUUGCAGACCAGAGUUUGAAAUGGAGCUCUUUGAGGAGACAUUAUAUCUCUUAGUUAAACCGGUUGUGUGGAACCUGUCAGGGCUGUGGAAGUUGUGACGAAUGCCUUUUCCCAGAGCCCAGUAUGGUGGAUUCUGAGACAUGGCAUGUGUGUCUCAGUUACUUUCAGUGAUGCCAGCCACCCUGAAGAGGCAAGGAGUGCCACGGCAAGACCUUGUAUCCCAGCUGUAGCACAUGGGAACAGGUGUGAUUUAGAUUUAGGUUUUGGUAUCUGUGAGGAAGAGUCCCAGAGUUUUUAACCCUGAAGGGGGCAACUCUUGAGCAGUGGUCCAACAGUCAGCCAUAAAUGUGAAGUUGGGGCCCUGUGCUGACCAGGGCAUCCAGCGUUAAGACCACUGCCUGACAUUGGCCAUAUGCGUUGCUUUUUGGGUUCCAUUUUGUAUCAGGGAAUCCUGGCUAAAGGAUGGAAAGCAGCAACAUUCUAUUGGGCUCCAUCAUUUAUAUGAGGGUUGGCAAUGCCAUCUGUACUGUCUGUGAACUCCCAGUGCUGUUCACUCAGUUAAUCUAAGGGACCCCAAGGGAUCUGGGGGAGGAUGACCUCACAAGGGACUGAGGACAUGGGAGACCACCCUCUUGAGGAUAGAAUGUAUCAGAGGGCCCAGACUUGGAUCCGUCCUGUGUUAAGGAGGCAUCAGGAGUUUUGCUGAGCUUGUCGGGUGCUUAUGAUGGGCAACUAGAGAUUGGGGUCCUAGGCUCAGGUCUCUAUGAGCCUCUGUGUUCAGGAGAGCCCAGCAGGCACCCAGCCAUUUACUGUUUUAAUGGGGUAUAGCAUGAGUCUGAGAGGGGCAGUUUCUUGCAUCUGAAGCCCUUGGGCACCUAUGUCCAUCCUAAGUGGGCCAGAACUCCAGGCCUGUGUAGAGCUUGCCAGUGUUUCCAUAAUGAAGGGGCCUCUGAGGGUACCAACAGGAGUGCCCAUGGAUUUGAAUUUUGUUUGAUUUUAGAGGUUGUUUUCACAGGGAGCACCAUUUAAAGCAAGCUGAUUUGUAAGCAGCAACAAGAAAAUUAAGUAGACUGUGUAAAUGAGGACUACAUUGCCAUCAGAACCUCAAAAGUAUUUAAAUAUGUUGGUCUUGCAUGUCCCUAAUGAGCGUGAUGAUGAAUCUCCUCAUUCGUGCUACUGGAGAAGGUGAAUGUGGUAUAGACCUUGUCUGCAGAGAUUGUGUGCCAUGGCAAAGCUGUGGAGCUCCUUGUGGGUGGCCUGCAAAGGUCUAUGUGUCACUUCAGAGCAGGAGGCAAACUGCAGCCGAGAAGCUGUGCAGGCAGGCACUUGAUGGGACAUGUUAGCCAAGUCUGGAAGAGCAAGAUGUUGGCCAGUUAUUUAUAGCAUAGAAUUCUUAAUUUUAAUAAUACUGGAAAUUGGGUAAUAGAUGGGACCACAGCAAUAAGGUUGUAGUAGUCCACCAUGAGGCACCCCCUUUUUUUUUUCCAGGUUUAAGGAUAGAAAAAAUUCAAUGGAGAGGCAAUGGGUAUAAUUACUCCUUUAUUAGUUAGUACGUUUUAAUCCUUGAAGGCCUCAUAUUAACUGUUUUAACUGGAGGUUCAGGGACAUUGUUUAUCAAGCUAGUUUGUAAGUGCCAAAGACUGAUUUUAAUUUUAAUUUAUUAUUUGUUAUAUUAGAGUAUCUGUGUCCAAUAUUGGUUAUUAGGGCACCGGGUACUAUGACCACGGGAAAUUUAGACAGGCUACAGUUAAAGUGAAGCAUACCUUCUUUUCCCCUAUUUUAUGUUUGAUUGCCUUCUUUAAAAGCUUAUAGGGGUACAGUGUUUAGAUUUAGUGGGAUCUCCAGGUAUAACUAUAAUUUGAGCCCCAGUAUUAAGACUAUGAAGCUUUAAUGGGUGCAUUUUAGCAAAUGUUACAGUUAAUUUAGAACCUAAGUUAUGGAGACUCAAAAGCCAAUAGGCACCCUUUUAGCUUUUGGUCAUGUCAAUUUUUUAGUAUAUAAAUCUUAUUUAUAUGUAAUAUUAAUAUAUAAUUUGUUGCAUAAAUUUUGAGUGCCUAAGUGUUGGAUAUCUAACUGGAUCAGAUAAAGGAUCUCCAUUUUAGUUUAGUUGUGUAUGUACAAUACAUGUAUAAUUUAUUCUAUAUUUGCAUUAAAAUAUUCUAUCUAUAUGUGUGUGUGUCUAUAUAGAUGCGCACACACUCAUACACACACAGUCUAUUUAGUUACCUUUCCUUUUCUCCCCUUGUACCUAGGGUUUUUCUUGCUUUUCUUUUUUUUUUUUUUCUGAUUUUGUGGCUAUUUAGUUGAGAGGCAGGGAGUUCAGGAGUGCGAAAACACACUGGCCUUGGCGGGGUUACAGGCUCACAUAGCUCAGGGGCUGCUGCAGGUCUCAGGGGAGUGGGGACAAAGCGCCCCACCCCUUCCCCUUUCUUUAAACCUUGAGCCACUGGUCUCUGUGGAUAGAUCCUUUGUGUCCCACUGGAUGGAGAAACAGGUCACGAUAGCUGCAGGGCUCUUAAAGCAACAUUUAAACCUUUUGGCUGCCGUCAUUCUGUGGGGAGGGCAUCUCUCACCAGCCGCAUGGCUGGAGGAUCCCUGAAGCACUUGGAGACCAAUAGCCAGAUCCUUUUCCCAGUAGUGCAAUUAAUUCCUCACUGGAUGCCAGAGGAGGGCCCUGCAGGUGAGCAGCCCAUUACCGACUUCAGCAUUGCUGGCUCGGUUAUCAGACGCUCAUCCAACACAAGCUCACAGGGAAAGCAGUUCCUUGCUCCUUUUGGAGGGAGUUAGCCUCACUGCCCUGUGACUACCAGCCAAGCAAGUAGGUAUGUCCAGGUAGGGAAUUCAGAGGGACCCAGUGCAUCCAAUUAUACGUCCCAGAAGGUUCUGCAUCGGGGACUAUGAUUGACAUCACCCUAAUCUGCAGCACCAAGGACUAAAUGAGCUCAGUCCUCUUAUAAUUUAGGCUGGACUGUCACAGACACUCUGGCAGACAUAGCCCACGUGCUGCAGCCAAAGUGCAAACAUGCCAGCAGUGGCCAUGCUCCCCAGGGUGGAUCCAGCUAGUAAGCCACACGUGGCCAAGAGGCGAGGCAUGUGCUCUGCCACACAUGGACUCACCUGCUCACUGUGCCAGUGGUAUCAAAAUGCACCCACAUUUUUUUUUUUUUGAGACAGAGUUUUGCUCUUGUUACCCAGGACGCGAUCUCGGCUCACCGCAACCUCCGCUUCCUGGCACCCACAUGUUUAAUUCAUAAAGGAGAGGCUGAUGCACUGGAAGAAAAGUUUGUUACUUGCGUUUCUGGAGGAAAAGAGUGCGCCAUGCCAUGCAGGGCCGCAGGAGGAGGAGCCACAGGAGUGGUCAGGAGGCAGAACUAGGGACAAGCACAGGCAGGCAUCUUUCCAUUGUGUCUCCAUGGCAAAGGCGCAGCUGGGCAGGGGCAGAGUUUAGGAUUGGAAGGUUUGAAUGUCUUGGGCUGUAGCUAUAGAGGUGACCUCCAGCUGUCUGGUGCCUGGCCCUGGAUGAUGAGGACAAGGGGAUGCUGCCUUUUGGGUAGAAGAGUCAGAUCGAGGAGUUGGCUCAGAGGACAGGCUCUGAAUUGGUUAGUGUGCAAAGGUGCGCUCCCAAGGGAGCCCUUUGCUCUAAGAAUUGGCUUACCUGGGAAGGGCAGUCUCUCCCCAGUCAGCGAGGUUCCCAAGAUGUAAAAACAUUAUACAUUGUAAAAAAAAAAAAAAAAAAAAAAAAAAGCAUGAUUAAUAUAAGCUCAUUCUAGCAUUUCAGGUUAUAGCUGCUAGAAGAGGUUUGUAGUCUCCAAAUGAGUAGGUUUUUCCUCUAGAGAGGGGCGGGCCUGGACCUUCAAGCACUCAGGAGCAUAAGCACCUGCCUACAGCCCUGCGGCAAAGGAAGCCUCUCUCAGUCACUCAGAGCAGGGAAGGGCUGGGAGAGGCACCUGACGCUCCCUGGGUACUAUGACAGCCCCCAAGGCGGAGGAUUGGCCCUGACCAUAAUAGAGAACUCUGAGAAUUUUGCUGUCAUGGGUCUGAAUUGGUUGGCACAUGUGACCUUUAAAGGAAUGGAGUUUCCAACAUGAAUAUCUCUAACCUUUUGCUUUUCAGAGAUCAUUUUUCUUAAAAAAUUCCAUUGGGACCUUCAUUAUUUACCAUACAUUAAUAGUUUUGUCACCUUUUGUACUACAAACAGUUCAACCAGUGAUCAACUUCUCUCUCAUGCUAUUUACCCCACACACAAUUUUCCACGCAAUUCUGAAAAAAAAAAAAAGCACCUGUUAGUAGAUAGGUUGGAAAGCUGUGUACUCUAUUCAUAUAUUGUUCUUUCAUGCUAGUGGAGAGUGGUGUCAUUAGCAUCUUAAUUUUAGCGUUGUGAAAUGGUUAUACCAAUUAAGAAUUGAAUGUGUACUUUUUAUUCUAUUUAAUUAGAGCAAAUUUGAAUAAAUAGGCUGGUAUACAUAAACGUAAUAACCAUGCUUUUUCCUGUUUGGAGAUAGGCAGUGUGUUGUCAUAUCCUGUGAUAGGGGUCACUCAUCUGGCCUCAUGAUUCCUAAGUUUAAGUCUGGUUUGAAGACGUAAUAGUAAUACUCAGCAUUUCUUGUUGCUUAAAUGAGACCAAACUUAAAUGUUACGAUAUUUACUUCAUGUAUUCUUGUACUGUUCAUUUCAAUUAAUUGGUAUUGUAUAUCUAAUAUGUGAUAUUUGAACUCAAUAAAACGUACAGUGUUGUAAA